AGGGAGAGGAAGGCAGCUGCGGCCGGGGAAGGUGCGGCGCCCAGCAGAGUUGCGGGACUGGCGCGCAGCGGCGUCUCCGGGUCCCGCGCGGUGCCAGACAAUAAAAGUAGCGGGCGACAGCCCGAGGCGGGAGGCGGACGAGCAGGCUUUGCUGAGGACACCAGAAGAAAGAAUGCGGGUGAAGGAAAGAUGACAUCUAUUCAGGGCCAGCAGAAACUGAAGAUCAUCCAAGUGAAAACGCACAGGAGGCAAGAGCGCACCUACUAGUCAAAGAUGACAGAAGGCAGGCACUGCCAGGUGCACCUGCUGGAUGACAGGAGCCUGGAGCUGCUGGUUCAGCCCAAACUUUUAUCAAGAGAAUUGUUGGACCUUGUGGCCUCGCAUUUCAACCUGAAGGAGAAGGAGUAUUUUGGAAUCACAUUCGUAGAUGACACAGGUCAGGAGAACUGGCUGCAGUUGGAUCACCGAGUUCUGGAGCAUGAUUUGCCAAAGAAGCCGGGUGUUGUUGUUCUCUACUUCGCCGUCAGGUUUUACAUCGAGAGCAUAUCUUUUCUGAAGGAUAAAAACACAGUGGAGCUGUUUUUCCUGAAUGCGAAGGCUUGUGUGCACAAGGGGCAGAUCGAAGUUGACAGCGAAACCGUAUUCAAGUUAGCAGCACUGAUUUUGCAGGAAGCCAAGGGCGAUUAUACCAGUGAUGACAGCACCAGGAAAGAUUUGAAGACUCUACCAGUCUUUCCAACCAAAACCCUCCAGGAGCAUCCCUCACUCGCUUAUUGCGAGGACAGGGUGAUUGAACAUUAUUUGAAAAUCAAAGGUCUGACUCGGGGUCAAGCCGUGGUUCAGUAUAUGAAAAUAGUAGAAGCUUUGCCAACCUACGGAGUCCAUUAUUAUGCAGUGAAGGACAAGCAGGGCCUGCCCUGGUGGCUUGGAAUCAGCUAUAAAGGAAUUGGCCAGUAUGAUUUACAAGACAAAGUGAAGCCUCGGAAAUUAUUUCAAUGGAAGCAGCUGGAAAAUUUAUAUUUUCGUGAGAAAAAGUUUGCUGUUGAAGUUCACGACCCUCGGAGGAUUUCAGUGUCUAGACGAACCUUUGGGCAAAGUGGCCUGUUUGUUCAAACCUGGUAUGCAAACUCUUCUCUCAUCAAGUCCAUCUGGGUGAUGGCCAUUAGUCAACACCAGUUCUACCUGGACAGGAAACAGAGCAAAGCAAAAAUUCCUUCAGCCAGAAGUUUAGAUGAUAUUGCAGUGGAUUUGACGGACACAGGAACACAAAGGGUUUCCAAGAUGGUGACGCUUGAGGCAAAAAGUCAGUUCAUCAUGGCAAGCAAUGGCAGCUUGAUAUCCUCAGGUUCCCAAGACUCAGAAGUCAGUGAAGAGCAAAAGCGAGAGAAAAUCCUUGAACUCAAGAAGAAAGAGAAACUGUUGCAAGAAAAGCUCCUGAAGAAAGUGGAGGAGCUGAAGAAGAUCUGUCUGCGGGAGGCUGAGCUCACGGGCAGAAUGCCAAAGGAGUAUCCGCUGACCAUAGGCGAGAAGCCCCCGCAGGUCCGGAGGAGAGUGGGGACCGCUUUCAAAUUAGAUGGAGACCAGCUGCCUAGUGAGGAGGAUCCAGCUUUACAGGAACUGGAGAGCAAUUUUCUAAUUCAGCAAAAGCUGGUUGAAGCUGCAAAGAAACUUGCCAAUGAGCCAGACCUUUGUAAAACUGUGAAGAAAAAACGAAAGCAAGAUUACACAGACGCGGUGAAAAAGCUGCAGGAGAUUGAAAAUGCCAUCAAUGAAUACCGAAUUCAAUGUGGGAAGAAACCAAGCCAGAAAGCAACAGUUAUUCUACCAGAAGACAUAAUUCCUUCAGAAAGUAGUUCAUUGUCUGACACCGCCUAUGAUGAUCCCAAUGACUCCUUCACUCUUGCUGGGCAACGACCAAGUUCAGUACCUCAUUCUCCAAGAAUUCUACCCCCCAAAUCUCUUGGUAUUGAGCGAAUUCAUUUCAGAAAAUCCUCUGUCAAUGAACAGCUCAUGGACACCAGGCAGUCCAGAGAAAUGCUGUCAACUCACAGCAGCCCUUACAAAACUCUGGAGAGGCGGCCUCAGGGAGGACGGAGCAUGCCCACCACGCCAGUCCUUACCCGCAAUGCCUACAGCAGCAGCCACCUGGAACCCGACUCGUCAUCUCAGCACUGCCGCCAGCGGAGUGGAAGCCUCGAGUCCCAGACCCACCUGCUCUCCGAGAUGGAUAGUGAUAAGCCAUUUUUCUCCCUCUCCAAAUCCCAAAGGAGUAGCAGCACCGAGAUCCUUGACGACGGAUCUUCCUACACCAGCCAGUCAAGCACUGAGUAUUACUGCGUCACACCCACAGCUGGCCCAUACUACACCACCCAGACUCUGGACACCCGUGCCAGGGGACGGAGAAGGUCAAAGAAGCAGAACGUUUCCACCUCAAAUUCAGGAAGCAUGCCCAACCUAGUACAAAGAGAUACUUUGAGGAACGGUGUUUACCCAAAGGGUCAGGAGCCGCCUCCUAGUUACUAUAUAGCUGGAUACACGCCUUAUGCAGAAAGUGACCUGUACUACAGUGGUGGUUAUGUCUAUGAGAAUGACACUGAGGGACAGUACAGUGUCAAUCCUUCUUACCGAUCCUCAGCCCACUAUGGAUACAACCGCCAAAGAGACUACAGCCGGUCGUUCCAUGAAGACCAGGUGGACCAUGUGCCACAUAAUCCGUAUGCAACUCUUCGGCUGCCAAGGAAGGCAACCAUCAAAUCUGAGCACAUCACCAAAAACAUCCAUAAGGCCUUAGUUGCUGAGCAUCUGCGUGGCUGGUAUCAGAGGGCCUCUGGGCAAAAGGAUCCAGGACACAGCCCGCAGACUAGCUUUGACUCAGACAGGGGAUCACAGAGGUGUCUGGGCUUCGCUGGGAUGCACGUGCCCUGUUCCCCAAGCAGCCGAGCAUCUUCCUACUCUUCAGUAUCUUCUACAAAUGCUCCUGGGAACUGGAGGACGCAGUUAACUGUGGGGCUAUCUGAAUACGAGACUCCCGUGCACUCCCCGUACACCAGCUGCUACAGUAACAUCUACAGUGCUCUGGCCUCUCCAAGCAGACAGUACGUGGAGACCGCUCAGCUGGACGAUACAGAUGGAAACCGGUUGGAGGACAGCCCAGAGGACAGUGAACAGAGGCUCUUUUGGCAUGAAGAUUCCAAGCCUGGAACAUUAGUCUGAAUGCAGUUGGACCUCCUGACCAAGCACUGUGUUCUCACAUUGGUGUGCCUUGCAAAAUGUUUUUAUCUUCCCAGAAGGUUUUAGAAACCUAAGGGCAUCAGAGCGCGAAGAAAAGACUUACAUGGUAUGGCAGCGAAUCACAUACUAAGCCCUACGAAGCCCCUGGAUGAGAACCUGACUUUGAAACUCCAGGCACUUACCUGUCGCUGAGGUCUGACGCCAUGAAGAACCAUUGCCAAGAGGACCCAUGUGAAGCCUUUUUCCGUAGCAAGCACUUGUAAAAUAAAUGAAUAAAUAAAUAAAUAACAAUUAUCAAAGGCAAACCUCAAACGUGGGAACAUGUUCAGGGAGUUUGUUCCAUUAGAAUGGAAGAUUCCAGAGCACAGUUCAGAAUGCUGAGAGAGGGGGAACCAGAAACUCCUGAGUUGGGGUUCACUAUCACAAGGGUUGAAUUCAUUAUUGUGAGCUGACAGAAAUGAACUGUUUCAAUACAGACAUGGACAAUGUAGACAGUAUUGGAAACUUACUUGAAGAAAGUUGGGAUUGUCAUUUAAGUUCUGAAUGAGUAUAAAUGUUUCUAGGAUGUUACAAAGAGUAAUGCUUUCCAUGAGCACCAUAAUAUGGGUUCUAGUCAUUCUUAAUGCCGUAGCGUCCUGUACCAUACAUAACUUGAUGAUCACAAACUGGGGGAAAUGAAGUAGCCACUGAAUAACUGGCCAGCUCUGCUUGGAAGUUCUAAAGAACAGGGUGCUGGGCAGCUGUUACGCUCUCCAGCCCUUGCCUGAUGAGUGAGUGACCAGACCCCUAUGUCUCCGCUUUGCCUAUCAUUGGAAAUGGUAGACUCGAGGUGGAAAAUUUUUGUAGCCAUGAGUUUGAAAAAGUAUUUUGAGGUAGCAGUAAAAAGGCUAAGCCAGUUCGUUGUAGACGAAAUGUGUGCCUUAAAAUGGUAAACAGUAAAUAUUAAGCCUAUGAUCUGGAUUUGAUUGAUAAUUCUGACUCACAGAGUGACAAACUUUAAAUUAGCAUUUAAAAAAAAAGCUCCAAGCAGCAGUCGAUUGAAUUAUGAGGCUUGCAGGACUUCAUACUUUCCUGGAGGAACUAAUUAGCUACGGCUCAUCAGCUUGUCCUUGGGUUUGUUUGUUUGUUUGUUUGCUUGUUUGUAAUUAGAACAAAUUAUUUCAUUAUUCCACAUUGAUCUUCAUCUCUACUCUGGUUACAAAUCCCACGAAAGGUGCUCCUUUCUCCCUCCCGUUUUAUACAAGUUUCUUGUUCAUAUUGUGAAUAGUGAAGUUUCUGAAUAACUUUUUUUGGAACAUUUUCUAUCUAUAUUCCAAAGCAAGUAAUAUAUACAUAAAAUGAUUGUUAAACUGGUCCUUAGUCAUUUGUAUCAUUAGAAAUGAAGUCUGGGCAAUUUUUUGGGAAAAAAGACUACUCCUUUUUGCAUAUUUGUAUAGUCUUCUAGAUUCAGAAAUAUCCUUUUGCAUAUUCUUUGACUGUUCUGACUUUUUAAGACCUAUUAUUUUUCUACAUAGGUCAAUAAACUAAAGGCGUGCUACUGAAAA